AUGCCCAGGAAGACCCUGGCUGUCAUCAGAAAGGCUAGGAGGGAUGCAGAGGCUAAGCAGAAGGUCAGAAAGGCUGCUUUGAUGGUGGAAUUGGCCCUAGACAGCACGUCACAUCACCAGUCCAAGGGCCAGAACAUUGCUCUACAGACCACCACGUCCAUCACCAAUCUUCCAGAGGCCAUUGAGAUGGCUAGAAGCACCUGUGGGUCAGGAGGAAGUAAGAGAAAGGCAACCAAGAAAGCCUCUCCCCUCACUGUCCAAGUCACCUCUUCGUCGUCAUCUGACUUAGCAAAGCCAGCUGCAAGUUCUAGCUCGGCCAGUACCAGUGAGUGGGCUCAGCUUGAGGGCAGAAGGACAGUGUUGCAGCGUGUUAGUACCUCCUCAUUGAGGCAGGGGCAGCUUGCUGCUACCUCUGUCCGUGAGCAAGGGCUACCCUGCUUUGAGGCUAUGAAGGCGCAGACCAAGGCGGGGAUCUGGAAGAGCCGUCACGGCAACAUCAGUACCCACCUUGGUCUCUGGCUCAACUAUGGGCAAUUGGGGUACCCUGUGUCGCACGAGCUAGCUGGACCUGUUGCAGACCAGUUCCUCGAGUGGCUUGGCCAGUAUUCCAAGUCCUACAUUGAGUCGCUGGAGCCCCUCCUGGCCAGUGAUCUUCGAGCAGCUUUCCAGCAAAGGACUGCAGCAUUGGAAGAGAUUGCUGAGAUCAUGGAGGAGAAGGGAGCCAAUGGUCGGCAGCAAGUGGCAGGCUUUGGCACCUGGUGGACCACCGUUGCCAUCAUCCGUGACUUCACAGAUGUGUAUCACGAUGACGCCGAGGAUGCCCAGCCCUCCAUCUUGGUGAACUUCCAGUGCCCUGUUGUCCUUGAGCUGGGUACCGGUCAGAAGGUGGAUGUGGACGAGGGAGAUGUGGUGUUCUUCAACAGUGGAGAGCUGCUGCACAGAGUUGUACCGGCGGAGCAUGCUACAGAGGAGCAGAUCAAAGGGAGGUGGGCUGUUUCUUUGUUCACAAGGCAGCUGCAGGAGGACAAGGCUUUGGAGGCUGUUUGGAGGGUUCGUCCCAGUGCUCUGGGGGGCCCAGCAGCAAGGGAGGGAAGGAAGGGCAAGGCGAGGCCUCUUGAGCUGUAA